AUGUUCUCAUUGGGUUUCUCUUCUCUAACUUCUUCAGAUGGGAACAUCAAGCUCCUCCUCCUUAACACUGUCAUUCUCUCGCCGCCGUCGCUGCCGCCGUCGCCGUCCGUUUCCAGCGGCGGCAGGCCGGCAGCAGCUGCGCGGCGGUUGUCUGAUUCAAGGACCCAUUCGAAGCUAGAGAUCAGUGAGGCCGGGGAGUCUUGGAGCUCGAGAGCUUCCCGCUUUACGCAAUUUGGGUUUACCGAUGCAAAUAAGUGUCCUCAGCUUGCAAAAUUGGCAUUUGAAUAUCUGAAGAAGACCCAUGGAUGUGAGGAUGACAUAUUUGCCUUCAUCUCUCAUGAAGAUGAAGCUGAAUUUUUGUAUGUGAAGCUCAUUCAAGAAUUAGAUAGAUGCAUACUUGGGUAUUUCGCGUUUCAUUGGGAUCAUGCUACUCUUUUAAUUACUCGGAUUUUGGCUGCUGACAAAAAUGAUAAGCCAAAAAGAAAGCUCAAGGAUUUGGUCUUGGAGGCUACAAGGAAACAGAGAUUUGAGAGGUUAACAAGGGACUUGAAAGUUGCAAGAGUGUUCUCUACUCUUGUGGAGGAGAUGAAGGCCAUUGGAUUAGCAUCUCAUGAAGAAUCUCCGACCAACUCUGUAAUGGUUCCAGCCGCGCACGCUGAUAGGAGCCCUGUGCUCCUCCUUAUGGGUGGUGGGAUGGGAGCCGGCAAGAGCACGGUGCUCAAAGACUUGUUAAAAGAUGCUUUCUGGUUAGAGGCCUCCGCAAAUGCUGUCGUGGUUGAAGCAGAUGCAUUCAAGGAGACCGAUAUAAUCUAUCGAGCCCUCAGCUCCAUGGGCCAUCACAAUGACAUGCUCCAAACUGCUGAAUUAGUGUGUAUCACAAUUUCAAUCUUUAUACCCCUUGUCUUAUUGUUUUCUAACACUAAUUGAGGUUUCAUGAAUUUAAUUCUUAAUAUUCCAUAAUUAAUGUCACCUAAAGAAAUAUCAACAUCCAAGUCUCCAUUAAGUUUUUGUGGAUUCUUAAAUACCAUUUGAUAUAAAUAUAAUAUAUGCAACAAUUGAAUCAUCAAGGUAAACCACUUCCUUAUUAAUUACUUGUUCAGUUUUAGAAGUUAGCAUCCCUUUGAUGGUAAAUGACUCUGUAUAGUACCACUUUACGAUGACUAAUUAAUAUGGUGCCUUGGAACUAGCAAGUCUUUACGAACAGUAGAGGAAGGAAUCCUCUAUACGUACAAUAUAGUAAAAUUCGUAGCAUUUCCGCAACUUUAUAACAAUAGACAUUAGGUAACAUUUCAAGCCUUUCUUUCUUCUUUUUCCCCCUCACCUACACAUAUAUAUAAUUUUUUUUAGUCAACUCCUUUCCUUAUCAAUUAAGUUGAUUAUUAGGUGGUAGCCAAUGAUAUAGAUUAGACCGAUCUAAUUCUAAUGAAAAAAAUGGAGUAGGAGACCUAGUUUUUAUUUUCCUGCAUUUUGUCUGUUUCUUAGAUGAUGACUGUAGGCGUCAAAAAAUGCUAA